UCGGCGAUCGCUGCUCCUCCUCCUCCUUCUCCUCCUCCUUUUUCUCCUCCUCCUUCUCCCCCCGCCGCCUCGCCACCGCCGCGGCUCGGGCUGAAGGCGCCGCUGUCAUUCCUGCGCCGGAGGAGCCGGCGCUGCCGGUGCCUGGGGGUCGGGGCGCGGGCGAGCCGGGCCGCGGGGGGACCCAACAGGCCAAAAUCCUGAGCAUGAUGGAAGACAAUAAGCAGCUCGCGCUCCGCAUCGAUGGGGCGGUCCAGUCGGCCAGCCAGGAGGUGACCAACCUGCGAGCCGAACUCACGGCCACCAACCGGAGACUGGCGGAACUGAGCGGCGGUGGCGGCCCCGGCCAGGGCCCGGGAGCCGCGGCCAGCGCCUCGGCGGCGGGGGACUCGGCGGCGACGAACAUGGAGAACCCCCAGCUCGGAGCGCAAGUGCUCCUGCGGGAAGAAGUGUCGCGGCUCCAGGAGGAAGUUCACCUUCUCCGGCAGAUGAAGGAGAUGUUGGCGAAGGACCUGGAGGAGUCGCAGGGCGGCAAGUCCUCCGAGGUCCUCUCGGCCACCGAGCUCAGGGUCCAGCUGGCCCAGAAGGAGCAGGAGCUAGCCAGAGCCAAAGAAGCCUUGCAGGCCAUGAAAGCUGACCGGAAGCGCUUAAAGGGCGAGAAGACGGACCUGGUGAGCCAGAUGCAGCAGCUGUAUGCCACACUGGAGAGCCGCGAGGAGCAGCUCCGAGACUUCAUCCGCAACUAUGAGCAGCACCGCAAGGAGAGCGAGGACGCGGUCAAAGCGCUGGCCAAGGAGAAGGACCUGCUGGAGCGUGAGAAGUGGGAGCUGCGGCGCCAAGCCAAGGAGGCCACAGACCACGCCACGGCACUGCGCUCCCAGCUGGACCUCAAGGACAACCGGAUGAAGGAGCUGGAGGCCGAGCUGGCCAUGGCCAAACAGUCCUUAGCUACGCUGACCAAGGAUGUCCCCAAGCGGCAUUCCCUCGCCAUGCCGGGCGAGACGGUGCUCAACGGCAACCAGGAGUGGGUGGUGCAGGCGGACCUCCCGCUGACCGCAGCCAUCCGGCAGAGUCAACAGACUCUCUACCACUCACACCCCCCUCACCCUGCGGACCGGCAAGCGGUCAGGGUGAGCCCCUGCCACUCCCGGCAGCCCUCUGUCAUCUCCGACGCAUCUGCCGCCGAAGGCGACCGGUCGUCCACACCUAGCGACAUCAACUCCCCUCGACACCGGACGCACUCCCUCUGCAACGGCGACAGUCCCGGCCCAGUUCAGAAGAACCUGCACAACCCUAUUGUACAGUCACUAGAGGAUCUUGAAGACCAAAAACGGAAAAAGAAGAAAGAGAAGAUGGGAUUCGGCUCCAUCUCCCGCGUCUUCGCCAGAGGGAAGCAGCGGAAGUCCCUCGACCCAGGCCUCUUUGAUGGUACCGCCCCUGAUUAUUACAUAGAGGAGGACGCAGACUGGUGAUACGCGCUCCCCUGCGCCUGCUGCCUGCAGGCGUGUCUGUGCGUGUGGGUGUGCGUGGAAGCGAGCAUGGGUGUGCAUGUGGCCGUGCGUGGGGUGCGUGUGCACGUGUGCGCUGGCACACACGGGUGCUGGGUGUGGCCGAGCGCCUCUAACAAGCGAAAACACGAGUGUGAACCUCUCUCCCCUGCGUCGCCACCUCUGUAAUUGAUGUACAUACCACAAACCGUGUGUGAACCUGUCAACUCUCUGUCGUCUUUGGAGCGAUACCGUUGUGUUGUUAUUUUUCUUCAAUGUUCGGUUUUUCUUUUUUUUUCUUUUUGUUUGGUUCGUCGGUUUGUUUUUGUUUUUGUUUUUUCCCCCUUUGUCCUCCCCUCCUCCUUUUUAUGAAACUUGAAAACUUGAAGGACUGCUGUGUAUUUGUAAAUAACAAAACUAUUGUGCACUCCGUGCUUAUAAAUGUCCCUCGUCCAAACCGCUACUCUUGGAGCCCGUCUGGCAGAGGAUGUGGUCUGUUUUUGAUGUCCCCUCCCGCCCCCCCUGGUGUGAACGUGUGGAACCAGACCCUGUCCUGGGGGUGCGUCCAAGUCACUUUAACCACAAAACGCCAUCGUCGUCAGGGUAAGGUCCGCUCUCCACAGAGACUCGGGAACCCGGCCAAGGGGCCUUGUCUUGGCUGGGUUUGUCAGAGGUCAAACGGGCUCUUUUAAACGGCCUACCAGUUUUUAAAUUGCGUUGCCGUUUCUUUCUUUAUGAAAAAAAAGAAAAAAGAAAAUUGUUUCGUUUAAUUUAUUUGCACAAAUGCUGAAAACUUAUUCUAUCUAAAUUAUUACAUAAAUAUUGGAAUGUCUAUUUUUCCAUGGGGUGGGCGGGAGGUGGGUGUCUCUGUUGACUUGUCUGUUCUGUUAUCAUGCUGCUACCCAACUGUGCAAAGUAGUUUAGGGUGGCCAGAACCCAGGGACCAUUGGAUUUCAAAGCUUGCUUUUUCUGUUCUCUCUUCUCUCUCCCUCUCUCUCUGUCUCUCCCAUUCUCCUGCCCAUGCAUGAAAGUGUCCUCCACCUUCUUCCCACCCAGACCUCCCUCUGGGCCUUUCUCUAUAUAUUUAUUUAUCUGACAUACAGAACACGACCUCAGUGAGCAGCGUGCUGACAGUCAUGAUCCUCUUCUUUGGGUCUGUGUUUUGAGAGAGGUUGAGUUCAGGGCAAGACAGCCUGCCGCACAUCCAAGGGUACGACCAGUGGGACCCUGGCCUGAGUCUGUUCCCCGAGGGGCCUCCAGCAGCAUCUGUUCCUCCCUGCAGCUGUGUCUUUCUUGUCCUGGGUUUAUGAUGCAGGUGGGCCAGGCAGGUGUCAUUAGGGGAGGCACCCACUUCAAGAGGAGGGCCACAGUGGGGACACAGAGUCCAAUAACUGAGCCCUCCACCCUCCCCAUUCUCGUUGGUUCCAUCGUCCACACUUAGAACCUCCCAGGAUCCCUUGGACUCUGUGCCCCAACUUGUCACGGCAGCCUGAGCCUACCCACCCCAGGAGAGGAGGGCUGGCAGGAACGUCUGCCUAUUCCGGGGGUGGCGUUGUCCCCAAAGAGGCUUCACCAGCAAAGGAACUGUGUGCAUUUUAAUACUGGGGGACGGAGGACGUGUGAGCUGCUCAGCUAGGUCUGCCCAAGGCCUAAAACUCAAUUUCCUUUUUCUUUUGCUUCUGCCCAUCCUUAACAACUAACAGCUCAACCCACACCUCUAGACAACAGUAGUUGCGCUUUCUGCUAACGGUAACAUUUUCAGCUCUUAAAAAGAAGCAAGGAGAUUUUCAAAUGCUAGAGUGUCUCUAUCAGAAGGGAUGGGACAUUGUGUCCAAAGCCUCAAGAGCAAAUCACACUUUCCUUCUGACCUGGUCCAAAGGUCAGCAAAGAGCAAGCAGGCAGAGGCCCUCCUAAGGACUUUUCUGUCCUCCUUUGGCCAAACUGUUUAACCGAGCCUAGGGGUGAGGGGGAGUGACCCGAGCUGGCACCUUUCUCCAUGGAGAGAGAUUUUAGAAAAUACUUUUCUCGCCCAUGAAUUUCGUUUUUGGUUGAUUUUUAUUGUUUUCCCUUUACUUACAAGAAAAUAAGAUUGCAACCACUCCUGGUAAUGAUUUAGUAGUUCCUUUUCAUUUCAGUUUUUGUAAAUUAGGAGAUAAUUCUAAGAGUUACUAAAGGAUGAUUUAUUUAAGAGAACUACGUCAAAUAGCGAAUGAGUUAUGGGUAACAUUAGAUGAAAAUAACCUUUCCCGUGGGAAAAGGUAUCUCGAAGGCAUGGAUGCAAAUAUAAAAUAUUAAAAAAAAACUAAAUAAAGCUUAUUUUAAAAUAU